AUGAUGGCCAAGGGGUUGUUCUACGGGGGUUGUAUAUUCGCGGCGGCGUUCUCGGCCACCGUCCUGGUGUCCGUGGCGGUGACGGACGCGCCCUGGGUGGAGGCCGUGGUGGCCGCGGCCUACGGGAGGCCGGCGGGCAAGGGCAGCAUCGCGUCGGGCGCAUGCCAGGACGCCGUGGGCGUGGGCUUCGCCCUCGGCACGUGCUUCGGCGUGGGGCUGCUGCUCUGCGUGGAUCUGUUGGUGUACCGGGUGGAGGCGCGUGAGGUCGGUGCACGAGAGCACUUGGCCGAUCAUGGGCUUUGGCUGCAAGGCCUGUGGAAAAUGUCGUCGAAUGAGGGGUUGGAGGGUGGGGAACAAGAUAAGGGACGCUGGUGGGGGCGGGAUGGGGAUGAGGGGCAUAAAGGGCCGAUCACGGCCGGGAAGGCCGGCGGGGGAAUAAGGCGAUGCAGAAAUGGCCUCCGGUCGCGGCGUCGCGCGGUGGUCGGGGCAGUGAAGACGAGAACCCUGUCGGAGGGGUGCGCGCCUCCGUACAUGAGCGACCCCGACAGCGACUCCGAGGGGGGGUGGAGGAAUGAUGCGGAUCCCUUCAGCCCCAGCGAUGCAGCGUCGCUCUGGGAGGACACGGAGUCCACGGGCGACGAGCGGCGGCCCGGGCGGCCCUCGGGCGAUCGGCUGGCGGACGAUGCCAGUGGCGGUCGGCCGUUGGACUUGUCGUGCAGCACAUCGGCGAUCACGGACACGACGGACGUUGCGGGGACGUCGGAGGAGUGGGGCGGGCGGGGGGGGGAGGGGCAGGGCCGGCGCAGCGAUUCACCCUGGAGCGAGGACGGGAUGGCCGGGAAGGCCAGGCCACGGGACCCCAUCCUGGCCAGGGUCUUCGACGAUGAUUUAGUGCCGACGGACCUACAGGGGGUCGAUGAAUCGCCCCAAGACCUGGCGGUGGCCCACAGAUCGAACAGCGACCUGGUGGCGUCGGUGCGAGGAUGGGGGGACAACGUGCUGCGGGCGCGGGAGUGGCGGUCGCCCGCACGGAGGCAUGGGAACGACGUCGAUGAGGUCCAUGAGGUUAUGUCGGAGAGCGGGCGGUGCUGCGUCCCGUGGCUGCCGCGGGCCUGCGGGGGGGAGGGCCAUCCCGGUGGGGAGCGCCAGCCGGACCUGACGCAGUCGUUGGAGAGCAUCAUCAUCGGCAGCUGCGACGGUUCGCUGGACGUGGGGGAAUGGAGCCCAGCCGCGCCCACGGAGUGCAGCCGGGUGGACUUGCCGAUCUGCUUUCGUUCGAUGGACAGCUUGACGCGGAGGACGGACCCGGAGGAGUGUAUGGAUGCGUCGCCUGAGAGGAUGAUGAUGGCGGCCUAUCUGGCGGGCAACCAGUCGGAUGGCGGCAGGAGCGCGCCUCCCGAGAUCCAUAGUCGCCGGUCAGCGCCCUGCUCUUUCAGGGAGCCCUGCGUUGCAAAGAAGGGGAACGCAAGGAAGGGCGCUGCAGGGGGCGACUCCCACCGGGACAGCGAGUACAUCGUGCAGAAGAGCCAUAAAACGAGCCGCAGAACAAUCUUGGACGAGCUAGAGUUGCUGGCGGAGAUGACCAGGGAGGAGUGCGUGUAUAGGAUUGCGUGCCAGAAGGAGCACAUACAUCGACUGAGAGAAUCGGAUGCAAGCAGGAGGGAGGCUUUCGCAAGUCUCAAGAGAGGCGUUGCGCCAACUACCAAAGCAGUGAACCGCCUCAGGCAGAGGUGGGGAGGAAAGAGGAGAGCGAAACGCAGAGAGAAACUGGGCACCCUGCAAUUUGAUCCCUUGAUUGAUGAUACGCCUUUGCCGGUGCGGAAUGGAUGUGGUGUGCGAGCUGACAAUGGACUUCUUGCACACUAA